CUGUUAACCAUCACUGUUCAUUACUUUAACAAACAGUGAAGACGUGAGGUGCAUAUUUUGACUUUUCUGUACAGUCUAACAUUUGUUCAGAAUCGAAAAGACAAUAUUCAACUACACUAAACAAUGGCUGCAUGUGGUUGUAUUUUAACUAUAAUUAAUAGUAUAUUUCUGGCAAUAUCAAUCGCUAUUGUUAUUGCUGGUGGAAUAUUUGCAUGGAGUUCAACAACAGUUACGGAUAUUUUAAGCAGUACAUUAGUGUCAUAUAUUAAAACAACAUUUUCGAGUAAAAUGUCCGUGGAUACUACUACAUUAGUGAAUAAUAUUAUUAGCAUUGUUCAACCAAUUGGCUUGGUUAUCUUCAUAAUCGGAAUGAUACUGAUGGCAAUCUGUUGGUUGGGUAUAUUUGGUGUAUGUUGUAGAUCGAAGGUUUGUCUUGCAUUGUACCUUGCCAUUGUGAUAGCAAUUACUAUCGCUGUAGUUGCAUUAAUUAUUACAUACAAGGUACAACCGACAUUGGUCACCUCGGUGCUAGAUUCAACAGUCGAUUCAUGGGCUACCAGUUAUGUUUCAAUUGUUUCGGGAAAUACUAAUAGUGUUUUAUUUGCUUCAUUGAUGAUGCUUCUACAAUGUUGUGGAUCCACUAGUGUAACUGACAUUACCUCAUCCAGUAACUUCGCAACCUCCGAUACAUAUUCAUCGCAAUCAUACACAUCUAUGGUUCGACCAAUUCCAUGUUGUAAAGUUGAUUCGAGUCUUGCCUUGACUGAUUCAACUUGUCCAACAACAUCGAGUUCUACCAACCAAAAUGACUCAACUGGAUGUAAAACGGUUAUCCGGUCGUAUAUUACUACUUCGGCUGACGUUAUUAUGUAUGUUUCGUUUGGGGUCUUAGCCUUCUUGGUAGUGUUGAUUAUUCUAGCAUCAUUUUCAAUUGCUCAAUUUUAAUUUUACAUUGAAUAGAGAACUCCAAUAUGUUCACAAACAUUAUUGUUCGUGUAUGCUAUGAGAAAAUCUGAUUAUGAAAGUUACAUUGGACCGGUUCUUUGUUCGUUUGUUUGUUCGUUUGUUCGCUUCACUUUUCAUCAAAUUUAG